AUGUCUUCAAAAGUCGAAUCGAUAGCAAUCACUGGAGAAAGGAAGAACAAUGCCGUGGGAUUUAAGGGCAAUAACUCCACCGGAAUUAUAAACAGCAAUCGUGUAGGGAAGGAACUUGAUAUUAAGGUGGUUUGUGUGGGGGCAGCCAAUACCGGUAAAACAACAUUUCUUCGUUAUUGGGAAUCUGGUGAAUGUCCUUUGCAUUUAUCCACAACCAUUCAAAUGGAAUUUCACAGGCGUGAGAUGACCAUUGCCGUACCCUCAUAUGCCUACUAUGAGAAGUCACACCGCUGUGAAGAGGCUUCUUCUUCUUCUGUUAAUAAUAAUAAUAACAGUAGUUACCAGGAGUGUAAAGUGCGUUCACAACAUUCAUCUCAUAAAACCACUCAAUUACCUAUUCCUACUACUCCACCUAGUAUAUCUAGUGGAAAUAAUAACUGGAAUAAUGGUAAUAGUAGUAGCAGUAAUAGUAAUAACUACAGUUCAUUGCAGAAUCCAUUUGGAGAUGAUUAUCGUAUUAUACCACCGAGUAUGCCUUCUUUUUAUACUCCAGCCACUUAUUGUAGUUCUCGUAGUGAUAGUGAUAAUAAUAAUAAUAAUAAUAAUAAUGACAAUGGUGACAAGGAUAAUGAACAGGUAGAGUGGUCACUUACCCAUGUACCAGCUAUUGUUAAAGUGUGGGAUAUACAAGGUCAAGAGAGCACUAAAAAGAUGACGCGAAUAUUUUAUACAGGAGCUAUAGCAGUACUUAUAUUUUGUGAAAUAAGCAGUAGUAGUGAUUCUCUUGCUAAUGCCCUUUCAUGGAAGAAUGAUGUUGAACAGAAGAUUUUUAUUCCCAAAACGAAAUGGCCAAACUCUACUAGUAGAAACCCGGUCCAUCAAAAACAACAAAAACAACAACAAGAAAAGCAAGAAAAAGGAGAAUCGAUGGAAAAGGAGGAAUAUGCAAAUCCACCUUGUUGGCUUGUUGUGAACAAAUAUGAUCUUCUCUCUCUUCUUCCCACACCGCCUCUCUGGGCAUCCCACACCGCACUGGAUCACUGGUGUGCCCAACACGACUUUGCGGGUUGGACGUACACCGCUGGUCGAAGGGGUAUUAAUGUGGAGGCGGUCAUGCAGGCUCUCAUUGCGGAGGCAGUGAGGCGAUUUCCACAGCAGUUCUCUAUUGUUUCUGGUAAAAGGAAUAAUUCUGGUAAUCAUACAAAUGAUGAUGAUGAUGAUAAUGAUGAUGAUAUGGCAAUAGUGCCUCGAACACGGAAUCGGCAGUAUAAACGCCCUGAAGGUGGAUGCUGUAGUAAGUGA